UCCUAGCGGGGCAGUAGCUGAGUCAGCCUUGUGCCAGACACUUGAGCAAGAUCUCCAGAUUGAGUGCUGGUCCUGCCGUUCGGAGUUCCGUGAGACAGAGUCACUUCCCCACUGUAGUCUCAGUUACCUCAUCUGCCACGACCAGACUCCUGAACUCUGUGGCACAGGAACUGCCCAGUGGCAGGGGUCGCCUCAGCCCGGUGGCAGGGGCUGCUUCAGGAGUCUGGCUUACUCCGGUGCACAGCAGCUCUCUGAGGCAGGGUGAGCGUUCCAGGAAAGGCAAACAGAGAGCCUGUGUUCGGUACUGGUGCCUCCUGGAGGUACAGGCUGGCUUUCAACCUGACUCAGCCUUCCCGGUGAUCACACGAGUGUGCCAAGUGCUGUGCCUUCGCAGGCUUCCUCGUCUAGACAUGAAGGGCCAUGCAGAAGGAACCCUGAGACCCCAAAGAUAUAAACUGUGACUGAAAGACCAAUGGCUGUGGACGCAGGAAUGCAGGCUGAAGACAGCCGCACUUCCCUCAGCGAGCUCUGGCUGUGCGCACUGUCCUCGGGAGUCAACUAGGAGUCCCCAGAGCUCUCUACCCUGGACCCAAGCUGCCGCGAAGACACAGAGGAAACCUGGUACUGAGGACACAGUACCAAACCUGGUACUUCUUCAUAAAAGGUCUUCCAGCUGCAUGAGACAGAAGGUUUGUGCAGACCUUUACGGGGUGAUGAGACUAAGAGACGACCAAGUUAAGGCCUAAGUUCACACCAGUAGACCAGCGCACAGGCCCACUGAGUGGCCGGUGCGUGUGCCACUGACGUGGCAUGCGCUGCUUUCCCAGAUCCUCGGAGCCCAGGAAAAGCAGUCACCGCGCGGUUAUGGAGCGCGACAAUGGCACCAUCCAGGCUCCGGGCCUGCUGCCCACCACGUGCGUCUACCGCGAGGACUUCAAGCGCCUGCUGCUCCCCCCGGCGUACUGCGUGGUGCUGGCGGUCGGCCUGCCGCUCAACGUGUGCGUCAUCUCCCAGCUCUGCGCCUCGCGCCGGGCCCUGACCCGCUCGGCCGUCUACACCCUGAACCUGGCCCUGGCGGACCUGCUCUACGCCUGCUCGCUGCCCCUGCUGGUCUAUAACUACGCCAGAGGGGACCACUGGCCCUUCGGGGACCUCGCCUGCCGCCUGGUGCGCUUCCUCUUCUAUGCCAACCUGCACGGCAGCAUCCUGUUCCUCACCUGCAUUAGCUUCCAGCGCUACCUGGGCAUCUGCCACCCGCUGGCCCCCUGGCACAAGCGCGGGGGUCGCCGCGCUGCCUGGGUGGUGUGCGCGGCCGUGUGGCUGGCCGUGACGGCCCAGUGCCUGCCCACGGCGCUCUUCGCCGCCACGGGAAUCCAGCGCAACCGCACGGUCUGCUACGACCUGAGCCCGCCCGCCCUGUCGGCCCGCUACCUGCCCUACGGCAUGGCGCUCACGGUCAUCGGCUUCCUGCUGCCCUUCGCGGCGCUGCUGGCCUGCUACUGCCGCAUGGCGCGCCACCUGUGCCGCCGGGACGGCCCGGCAGGACCCGUGGCCCAGGAGCGGCGCAGCAAGGCGGCCCGUAUGGCUGUGGUGGUGGCCGCCGUCUUCGCCAUCAGCUUCCUGCCCUUCCACAUCACCAAGACGGCCUACUUGGCCGUGCGCUCCACGCCGGGCGUCUCCUGCCCCGUGCUGGAGACCUUCGCUGCGGCCUACAAAGGCACGCGGCCCUUCGCCAGCGCCAACAGCGUGCUGGACCCCAUCCUCUUCUACUUCACGCAGCAGAAGUUCCGGCGGCAGCCCCACGAGCUCCUGCGGAGGCUCACGGCCAAGUGGCAGCGGCGGAGAGCCUGAGGCCCCCGGGCGGCCCCGAGGCGCUAGCUGCGAUGUUUGCCAACCCGGCCACGGUGCCUGAAGCUUCCCCCAAUUCCAAGCCGUGCAGAGAGGCAAACCUCGGCUCAACAGGCCUGGGCCUCAGAGGUUCUACAUCAGCCACAGAGCGAAGAGCCCGACAUUUCAGGGACUGGUCAGUUCGUGCGUGUUAUCCCAGAACUCAGGGUGUUGUGACUGGAGGACAACAAGUUGCAGGCCAGCCUGGUCUACACGGCGACAUCCUGUCUCAGACAAUCGAGGGUUGGGACUAGAGCUCCGUAGCACAUGCCUGGAGUAUGCUAGGCCCUGGGUUCAAUCCCCAGCACCGAAAAGUCCAACAAAGGUCUCCUCCCUGACCUCUGUUGUGUUUACAAGGUGGAGGGGGCCGCUGGUGCACUCAUGACCGUGAGGGCACGGCCCCUUCUGGACAGCAACAAGCUGGGGAAGCUCACGUUCCCACAUUCCCAUCCAUUUGCCAAGACUUUUUCAUAAGGAAGAGAAAUACAUGUGUUUUUGCGGC